CUUGAGUUAGAGAGAAGAAAAGGGAGAAGGGGAAUGAGGAGGAAGUGAGUGAGGUCGGCUCUUGUUAUCGAUCCCCAUGUUCCUCUUUCCCUUCCCUCAUGGCCCUGGCCUCGCCUCUGCUCUUGUCCUCCAUUCCCAGUCUCUCCAGUCUGGGCGCCCUUGUCCUCGUCUCCCCACCUCCGUUGGAAGGGAAAAGGGGAACAUUUUCCCGGUCUGCGUAUCUGUGGUUUAAGCAGAAGGAUGUUCAACUUGUGAAGUAGUGGUCAUGUGCUGUUCCGUCUCGCUGCUUCAUUAUUACUGAACCUUGGGCGAAGAUUGAGAGUUAGCGGAGAAGGCCUUCACGAUGGCGGCUACGGCCAACGGGCAACCGAGGACAGAGCUCCAAGACCUCCAGCUCAAGGCUGGUCAGGUCACCGAUGAGUCUCUGGAGAGUACGAGACGGAUGCUGGUGCUAUGUGAGGAGAGCAAGGAAGCCGGGAUUCGAACCUUGGUCGCAUUGGACGACCAAGGAGAGCAACUGGAGGGGAUUGAGAAGGGGAUGGACCAGAUCAAUGCAGAUAUGCGAGAGGCAGAGAAGAACCUCACAGGCAUGGAGAAAUGCUGUGGCCUCUGUGUACUCCCUUGCCAGAAGACCUCACAAUUCAAGGAAGAUGAGGGAACAUGGAAGGGAAAUGGAGAUGGGAAGGUGGUUGGGAGUCAACCUCAGCGGGUCAUUGAUGCCAAUGGGGCCAUUGCUAACUCUGGUUACAUUGCCAGGAUCACAAAAGAUGCGAGGGAGGAUGAAAUGGAGGAUAACAUGCAACAGGUGAAUCAGAUGAUUGGGAACCUUCGCAAUAUGGCCAUUGACAUGGGUUCAGAGAUUGAGAAUCAGAAUCGACAGUUGGACACCAUCAACCAGAAGGCCACAUCCAACGAAACUCGUAUCGGCAUGGCUAAUACUCGGGCUGGCAAGAUCCUGCGAGCAAAGUAGAGACUCAAUCACUGAAUUCCAACCAGAAAGCAAGGCUCCUCUGACAGUACUUAUGUCUGAUAAUCCUGUCCGGUCAUGCAUUGUGCCACCAGCACUUUUGUGAUUCUGAUCUCUAUGUUUCCUUUUUGGUUCUCCCCACCUCAGUGCCCUCAUUUCCUUUUCAAUCUAUUUCCAGGCUGAAUCUGAUGUCCUAAGAGUGAAGAAGGCACAGGACAGAGUGGACAAGUUGAAUUAAUUUCGACCACCUGCUCUUGAAAUGAAGGGAGAGUAUAUUUCAGAUUAGUGUGACUCGCAUGUUACAUUCCAAACCGUCUCUGGCAACUUUAGAAAUUACACGCCUGGUGCGUGAUUGUUGUAGAAAAAAACUAGUCAUUUAGGCAUGUGCAGUAGCUUAGCCAAGUGAGGACUAUCUCAGAACAUACACUCAGUUUCUGGUACAUAAGGGAUGUUUAUAUGGAUCAUAAUGGUUUCUAACUCACACAAGAAUGGUUCUGCUUUCUGCAUGAAUAUUUUUUUAUUGAUUAGAACUCUAGGAAGACAAGCAAGUUAGAUGGAGCAAUCUAAGUGAUAUCACCAAAAUUCUUUCAGAACUAGCCCCUCUGGGUCCAUGUACCUUUCCUUCUACAUGUCACUAUGACUCUCAGCUGUUCUUGCCUCUUGUUGCAAUUCAAAAGUAUGGCCUAAACUCUGUCCAUGAGGAAACAUGAUGGCUCAUUGUGCUGCUUGUAGGGAGUCAGGAAUUCAGAUUUUCUUGAGCCAUAUUGAGUGUCUUCUUUCAUCCUUCAUUUCCCAUUCAAAAGUACCUACUCUUUGUCUCGUUAUGCCUUGAGCACUGGAUUGGUGCUAUUGAGAAACCUUCUCUGUUUAUGGAUGUUUUGCCACCUGAGGCCCUGCUGUCCCUGUGUGUCACUAGCAAUAUUUGGCUUGUUGCAGAGUUCUUGAAUUACUCUUAUUGAAACCUUUGCCAACCUUAUAAUGCUGAAAUUUUGCAUGUACUAGAGAAUGUUUUGUCCAAUUGAAAAGAAUAUUCCAUCUUCUUUCAUUGUGUCAUUCUAAGAAUGGAUACCUGAUUAACAUGAAGUCUUUAUACAUUUCAUGCCAAAAUCUGUACAUGUUUCAAUCAGUUUGUGUCAAUCUUAGGUCACAUGUAGAGGAAUGCUAUAAAAGGUAAUGUUAUGAUAGUUGUUAAGCGCAUGAAUCCAAAGAAUUAAGGAAAGAAUACAAACAGCCAUAAUGAGCAAAGUCAUCCUUUUGAAAACAUCAAAUCUCAUUAGUUGCUCCUGUUGUAUCAGAACUGAUUUCAUUGAACUCUCUUCCCAUUUCCAAGCUGUAUCUUUAAACUAGGCUUUGACAUUUAUUCUAAAUCCAGAGUUGAGUGUGUGCUGCAUUUUCCUCUUUUUCGGUAGUAGUGUCUUAGAGUGAGAUGUGACUGCAUUCACGAAAGCAGAAGAUCCAAGGAUGCAUUCAGGCCUUUAUACGUUAUAUUUACCCUGUCAAUUUAUUCAAAACUGACAUUUAUAAGCACCGAUUGUACACAGGAUUUCCAUGCCAGAUGUACCAUAUUGUGCUUAAGAGAGGUGUCAAGAAGAAAUUAGUGGUGGUGUGUGCAAUAUUGAAAAAAUUUCCCAUGCUCCAUGUGCUCAAGAUGAAAGUAUGUUGUUUGUAUCCUUGACCUGGCUGCUGCUUUUUUUGAGCUUGAAAACUUUUCCUAAGCUUUCUUUACUGAUGACAGUUCUUUUAUUCACCUAGUGUCUCCAAUAUAGCUGCUACAUCAUAAAAUGAAAUGAAUAGGACCUACCUGUACAGCAUUUCUCAGAUGAAUCUCUCCAUUCUUGCUCCUUGUGAAUGGCAACAGUUAUGUAUAUUUCUGGUUCUUUGGGAAUAUGCUGUUUUUACUUUCCUGUACAUAACCCUGAAGGAUUCAUCAAUGUAGUUGUGCAUGAGUAGCGUCUAAAACUUGUUGAGGCUUCCAUAAGGGCGGAAUUCAUAGUUUAGUUGCAUCUUGGAUCAUAGUCUAUAGCUACAAACCUAUUCAGAUUGAGGACUCAAUUCUUAAACAAGUUGUUGACACCAUCUGGCAUAGAGAUCCAUGAUUAUGAACAAUCCAUGCUUGAAGUUUUUAUGACCUCAUCCCCCAGGUACAUCUCCUUGGUACCAUGAGACCAUAUCAAGCCUCUCUGGAGAGAAUUCUGGCUUUCCUAGUUAUUGUACAUAAGGAAAUGGAGGUAGCUUCAGUGCAAGAAAUUGCUUGUGCAUAAUGCAUUCCCACAUCCCAGAAUUUACCCUCCGUCUCUUGUCUGUUGGUUUGUUUGCUUGUUCGAAUAUGGCGCACUGUGAUAGCUCAUGCAAAACGAGUACAGAUGAUUCCUUCUCUGCACAACCAGCCUUUUUGAUGCUUGAUUUGCUCGUCUCCGAUUUUCUUCACUUGUUAAGGCAUUCUUUUGAGGUCGAUCUGAGUCGCUUCCAGUUUCCACAGCCUCUUCAGUGGCGACUAGUGCGUCCGAGUGUGCUCGACUGACUGACUGAGCCUGGUGGAUGGAUUAAUUGUCCUUCCUUCUUUCUGAAGCUUAUCAUAAUGGAAAUCGAUCAUCUUAGCUGAAAAUUGUGAAUUAUUUAUUUUCAUGGAUUUUUUUCAUUAUUCCUCUUCUUUGACUUUAGGGUUUCAUUUCAAUGAGAAUAAAGGAAUUUUAACUUGAUCAGGGUGACCUUAUCUUGA